GUGAAUGCCAACUGGCCACUGUACGCCCCACAACACAGCCAUGUCCGCGCCGCCACCGUCCAAAGCCGAGUUUGCCGCAGAAAAGGCGCAGCUGAUGAUGCAGGUAUGGGUUAAGAAGCUGACCGGAGCCGAGGUGGCGGUCCAGGUGGCCAAAAUCGCCACCGUGGCUGAGCUCAGGCAAGCCGUGGCCGAUGCUGGCGGACCCGUGGCCGACGUCCAGCGGAUCAUCUACGAGGGCCAACAGCUCGGCAAUGAUCAGUCGCUGGCAAAUGCUGGCGUGGGCAAUGAGGCGACGGUCCAUGUGGUGCAGAUGCUGCGCUGAGCUGAUGCAGGAGUGACCAGCCCGUCGCCGACGACCAGCAGUUCGGCAGCACGACCAAGGCGUGCAUACAGUUGACAGGGGUGUUUGUUGAGA